AUGAGCCACAACGCAGCCGGGCGGCCAGGCCCGCCCCAGCUGGUGGCCGCAGACCAGCCAUGGCUCUUCGACACGCAGGGCGCCAUGUCCGCGCACUGCGACGCCGGCGCGGGCCUCGUCGCGGUCAUGGUCGGCGACCAGCUCGUCUGCUACCACGCCCCCGGCGAAGCCAACACCUGCCGCCGCCACAUCCCGCCCCCGGUCGACCCACCGCGCGGGUUCCCCUUCGCCGGCGCGUCGUCCGCGGCCGCCGCGGGCGUCUCCGCGCACGAGCGCGGCAUCAUCGUGCCAGGCAACCUCAAGGCCUCCGGCACGCGCACCCGGGACCCCAACUCGGGACCUCCGAAGCCAACACCGCACGUCGCCUUCUCCAUCUCUCUGCCGCUCGGCGAGGUGCACCAGGUGUCGGUGAGCCCGGACCACACCGCCGUCGCGGUCCUGCGCGGCCCGGAGCUCAUCGCGCUGCUCGAGACGUCGUCUCCGGCGCCCACUGUCUCCCUCGAGCUCACGCCGCGCCUGCGGGGGGCACAGAAUGGCGCGAUCGCCGUGCACUGGGUGGACGCGCGGCACCUCCUGGUGUGCAUGCGCGGAGGCGUCGCGCUGCACAAGGUCUCCCGGGGCGCGCGCGGGGAGCUGACCGCGGUCGGCGACGUGCCCGUUGAUGCCGCGCGCCUUCCCGUGUCGUGGGUGCGGUGGUUCCCGCAGGCGCGCGCGGUGCUGGUGAGCUCCGGCGUGAAGGACUCGCUCGUCGCGUUCGUGGCGGACGCGGCGUCCGUGCCGGGGCAGCUCAAGCUGACGCGACUCCCCCCGGUGCGUCGCAGCAGCUCGUCGCACCCGCCCUCCGCGCCCGCGUCGCCGAGCCCGGGCAGCCGGCUCGACGUCCGCAGCGAGGCGCUGCCGGUCUCGACGCUGCCGCCACAGAUCUCCGCGGGCGUCCUGCGGCGCGAGCAUGCCGCGCAGCGCCGGUGGGAAACAACCCUCCCGUGCCACGCCAUCGUCGCGCGGCUGUACGGCGGGCUCUGCUGCGUCCACGUCGACGUCGAGAGCGGCCGUCUCGCCCUGCACCGGCUGUUCCCGGACGGAUGCGAGCCUGCAUGGGAGACCACCGAGCCGUGGCUGCGCUGUCAAUCGAACCCCGAGGCGGUCUCGCUGGGCUUCGUCGACAACCUCGUCGUCGUGUACGCGCGCGACGCGGGGCUGAUGGCGAUCGUCGACCCCGGACGCGCCGCCCCGGGGCCGGCGUGCGCGCCCGCGCCACCGCCGGCGGGGCUGGGGUCGGUCGGGGGGGAGUCGGGGGCGGUGUCCGGCGGCCUCGUGCUCGAGCAGCCGUGCACGUUGUUCGACUACGCAGGGGGCCGCGCGUGGCCGCUCGUGCCGGCGCUGGGCGCGAUCGCCGAGACGAUGGCGGCGGGGUCCGCAGCCGGGACGCCCGACGCCAUCGGGCUGUUGCAGCGCCGCGCUGCGCGCGCGGGCAACCUGCUCGGCUUCGGCGUGGCGCAGGGGCCACCGGCGCAGCAGCUGACGCUGUCGCUCCUCGGGUCGGCGACGCUUGCACGGCAGCCGGCGUGGGCGGUCUCGCGGGCGUACCACGCGGCGCUGCGCGCGGGUGCGCUGGUGCACAGCAACGCGGGAAGGUCUACAGCGGCUCGGACGGCUCUGGGGGAGUCGUCUCCGGCGCCCACACCUACCGAGACGAUCACUGUUGCCAUCCAGGCGGCGCGCAGGCUGUGCCGCUCCGGACAUGGCGACGACGCAGUGCGGUACGCGGCCUGGGUGGUCGAGGAGGUCGCGCGGAUCGCGGAGAGCGAGAGGACGGCGGUGCCGGACGAGCUGCACGCCGAGCGCGUGUCGUACUGCCUGCGUAGAGGCCCCUGGGGGAGUCUCGACGCCGAGCGCCUCGUGCGCUCGCAGCCGUCCAUGCACUGCACGCUGCUUGGCGAGCGCCUGGAGCAGCUCGCGGUCCGGGGCCUGAUGCCACAGGGGCAGGCGCUGGCGUGCGACGUGUACGCCUCGUGCGGGGCGCACGGGGAGUGCUGCGCGGCGCUCCUGCGCCAGGGGCGCGUGCGGGAGGCGGUGCAGCACGCCCGGCGGUGGCACGUGGACAUGCCGCCGGAGGCGUUCCUGGACGCGGCGGAGAAGGUGACCGACGCGUGCGCGCGCGCGUCGCUCGCGCGGUUCUUCGAGACGCACGUGACGGGCGCGGCGCUGGCGGCGCGGGUGCGGGCCCUGACGCUCCCUCGCAGGGACGACGCGCGCGCGGCGUCGCCCGGCCGCCAGCGUCGGACGCCGUGA